ACGCCGUCGCCUCCGCUCGCCGCGCUAUGGCCGCUGCGGCCGGGGACGGCGCGGCGAAGCCGCUGCAGAGCGCCAUGAAGCUGGCCAACGGGGCCAUCGAGCUGGACGCCGGCAACCGGCCCCGGGAGGCAUACACGGAGUAUCUGAGGAGUAUCCACUACAUCUCCCAGGUGUUACUGGAGGAAGUAGAGACAACUAAAGAAGCUGGGGAAGCUGUGCUUCCUGACACACCAAAGAUGCUGAAGCUGGCCGAACAGUGUCUGGAGAGGGCCCAGUCAACAGCCACCAAGCUUGGGAAAAUGCGCUUGAAGCCAGCCAUGCCCGCAGCUCCUCCAGCUCCUUUGCCUACCAGCCGCCACCGCCGGGUGUGUUCAGAUGAAGGAGGGAAGCUUUCUCCUUUCCUGCCACCAGAGAUCUUCCAGAAGAUGCAGGUGGCAGAGUCACAAACCUCUAAGAAGGAGCUGACACCACUGGAAGAAGCCUCACUGCAGAACCAGAAGCUGAAGGCCACAUACGAGGCUAGGAUGGCCCGUCUGGAUCCCCGCCAGGCUACGCAGAAGACUGCACUGACCCUGUCUCUGCAGCGGCAGAUGAUGGAGAAUCUGGUGAUCGCCAAAGCCCGGGAGGAAAAACUCCAGCGGAAGAUGGAGGAGCGCCGCCUUCGGCUCCAGGAGGCUGCCAACAGGCGGUUCUGCAGUCAGGUUGCUCUGACUCCAGAGGAGCGGGAACAGCGCGCCCUCUACGCAGCUAUACUGGAGUACGAGCAGGACCAUGACUGGCCAAAGCAGUGGCGAGCCAAGCUCAAGAGGAGCCCAGGGGACCUGUCGCUGGUGACCAGCCUGGUCUCCCACCUGCUCAGUCUUCCCGACCACCCAAUCUCACAGCUCCUAAAGAAGCUCCAGUGUGCCGUGUAUGGUGCUCUGUACUCCAUUGUGAGCCAGACUGCCAUCAGUGCUGCAUCUGCUCCGGGCUGCUGCUCCUUGCCCCCAGACACCAACAGACUGCUGGCUCCCGGAAGCCGGCGGCUCCGGUCCUCCCAGAGUCUUUACUGCAUGCUGUCCCCACCAGAGCCCAGCACAGCCCCAAAGCCACAGGAUGGACCCCCUGCUACCCCCUCCACUCCCCAGCUUCACCCUGGUCCCCUGGAGAGAGGGGUAGACGGCAGCAGGCCUCCCUCACCCCUGGUGGACACCUCAUCAUGCCUGCCAGACAAGGACAGCUCCUUUGAGGACCUGGAACGGUUUCUGGCUGCAUCUGAGAGAUGGGGCCGGGGCCCUGGGAGCCACCCUGAGCCACAGACCCCAGGAGCAAAGAGGGAACCCGUGCUGGAACACCUGAAGAGCACCGUGAAGGACAUUCACAACGCCAUUGACAGGCUGCUCUCCCUGACCCUUCUGGCCUUCGAAAGCCUGAACACAGCUGCCUGCAAGGACCGCUGCCUGGCCUGCAUUGAAGAACCCUUCUUCUCCCCGCUGUGGCCCAUGCUGCUUGCCCUCUACAGGAGUGUGCACUACGCACAGGAGGCUGCCCUGAGCAGGAGCAUGGAGCUCUACAGGAACGCACCCCCUACCACCCUUGGCAUCCCCACCAAGCUCCUCCCCCAGGACCCUGAGGCCAGGGGGGCCAGCACCUACCCCUACUGCACUGCAGCCCAGGAGCUGGGCCUGCUGGUCCUGGAGAGCUGCCCCCAGAAGAAGCUGGAGUGCAUCGUACGGACCCUGCGGGUCAUUUGCAUCUGUGCAGAAGACUACUGCCGCACCCAGGAGGCCAGGCCGGAGGCCGGACUCCAGCCCCACACGGCUGCCAUUGGUGCUGAUGACCUGCUACCAAUCCUGUCCUUUGUGGUGUUAAGGAGCGGCCUACCCCAGCUGGUGUCAGAGUGUGCAGCCCUGGAGGAAUUCACCCAUGAGGGGUACCUGAUUGGAGAGGAGGGCUACUGCCUGACUUCACUGCAGAGUGCCCUGAGCUACGUGGAGCUGCUGGCCCAGGGGGGCCUGGGCAGGUAGUGGAGUCCAGAACCCAAAGGCGCCAGGGACUCCUGAGGACUACUCAGUAGCUUCCAUGCUGUUCCGCACAGCUGGCACUGGGACACUACGGGGAAGUUAGCCCUGGCUCCCUUCCUAACCCGAGGCCUGGGGCCACCCUGGGCGCCUCCCAACAGCACAGGACUGAGUCAGCUUCCAGUGCCCGCUGUGCUCUGUCCUGUACUGGCCUCUGAGACCCCCUCAGAAGGGAAGCUGCAGCUGCUGCUCCCCAGGAGCUGCACACUCCUGACAGAGCCUCCUGCAGGGAGUUCGGGUUUGCGUGGGCAUGGCUGUGCAUCCGUGCUGAGAAGGAGCCAGGAGCCUGACCAAAAGCAGGGGCAGCAAGUCUGGUUUGAGGCUUGUGAGAGUUAAGAGUGAGAAUGUCCAGGAGGGCCAUGGUGAGGCUGUGCUGUUGGCCUGGUGGUGACUGCCCUGCUUCUCUGCUCACUUCUGCUCCAUGUCCAGGGCUCAGAGCUCUGUUCCCUCCCUGGUCGUGGACUCUGCCACCUUGACAGAGGGGUGUGAGCCACAGUUGAAUGGUGGCCAGUGUUGAUGGCUGUGCAGCCUCUCCUGGGUCAGGGAAAGCCCAAGAUCCAGCACCCAGUUACUUACGCAUUGUACCACCAACCCAGGACAGAAGAAAGAUUAUGUUCUGUUUGAA